UCUUUUAGUUUUUCACAAAAUGAUCCUAAAGUUAAAAACUGUAAAUAAUGAGUGAAUAUACUGACGAUGAGGAUAGUGCGAAAGUCAGAGCAGCUAUAGUUGAGAGAUAUCGAAGAGGUCCACAAGGACCAGUUGAUCCAUGGGAAGAUGCAAGCUUUAUUGUCUAUCAAGUUAUGGAUCAUUAUGGUUUUCUCCAUAAAAAUCCACUGCCUGUUAUUCGAGAUCCAAGGAUGGAGGAAAUUGAACUUGAACGUGCAGGUAAAUGGAUAAAGAUGUUUUCUAAUUGGAAAAAUUACUUUAAUGGAGACAAACCUUCAGAAAAACUGAGACGUAGAAUUUAUAAAGGUAUCCCACCUCGUGUGCGCGGGGAAGCUUGGAAAAAAAUUUUGAAUUUACAAAAUGUUGCAAAAAAAGGUGUUUAUGAAAAGUUUAAAAAAGUUGCUUUGGAAAAUAGUCCUGAUAUAAGACAAAUAGAUUUAGAUGUUAACAGAACUUAUCGUGAUCAUAUUAUGUUUCGUGAUAGGUUUGGAGUUAAACAACAAGCAUUAUUCAAUGUUUUAGCUGCUUAUUCAAUUUAUAAUACAGAAGUUGGAUACUGUCAAGGAAUGAGUGGAAUUGUAGCUUUAUUACUUAUGUAUAUGGAUGAAGAGGCUACAUUUUGGGCUUUGUCUGAACUAUUGGCUGAUCGUAAACAUGCUAUGCAUGGAUUAUUUGUACCUGGUUUCCCAAAGCUUAUACGUUUCCAAAAUCACCACGACAAAGUAGUUAAAAAACUUCUUCCAAAACUCGGAAAACAUUUAGAAGAAGAAAAUGUUAAUACAAAUUUAUAUACACUUAAAUGGUUUAUGCAAUGCUUUUUAGAUCGAUUACCAUUUUCUUUAGUUUUAAGAGUUUAUGACAUUUAUAUGAUUGAUGGAGAUCGUAUUUUAACAGCUAUGGCUUAUCAUAUUCUAAAGAUAUUUAGAAAAAGAAUCAUGAAAAUGGAUUUUGAGAGUAUUGCUCCUUUUUUACAGGAGGAAAUUCCAAAUUCAAACUUAAAUGAUGAUUUGGUUUUAGAAGAAUUACAGGAAUCAAUGAAUGAAUUAAAAAAAGCAAAACUAGAUGUCUGUCCUCCACCUUCUAGUAGCGAGCUUCCUACUAAAGUUCUUGGUACACUUCCUGAUAGAAAUUCAUUUAUAACGGCUUCUAAGCGUGCACGAAGCUCAGGUGAUCGUAAAAGUAUUGUUGAGGUUCCAAUUGGGCGUCCUCCAUCACCAGUUUUGUCAUCUAAUAAUAUAGUAACCGUUUCUGGUUAUGAGAAGCCAAAUAAUCAAAAGUCAUCAAGUUUUAAAAACAGUGCAGAUCGAAAAAAGUUAAAAGAAAGUAGUAGUAAAAUUUUAGAAAAUGGAAUAAAUUCAACCAGUCCACCUAGGAAUGUUCAAAAAGAUACUAGUUUGCAGAAAAAUGGACAAAAUAGUCAUUCAAAUUAUGAUGAAGAAAUUUAUCGAAAAUUUCCACAACAUUUUGAAGAAAAGAAACACGAAAAUGGUUAUGCAAAAAAGAUUGCAGCUAUACCUCUUCCAGAUUAUUCAGAUGACUCUGAGUAUGAAAAUGACGAUGCUCACUCUAAGAAAGUUUCUGGAAGUAAUAAUAGAGUUGCAUUAAGUUCUGGUUAUGCCACUCAAACACAUUGUUUUGUAAAGAAAAUGUCAUCCAUGAGAAGAUCGCUUGUAAAUGAUGACCAUGAAGCAGAUUGUUGGGAUGUUAGUUUGACUCUUGAUAGUGUAAAUGAGAAAGCUUCUCUUAGGCGUUAUGUUGAUGAGGCAGAUACUCAUGCGUUUCAUUCUUUGGAAACUGAGUUUGUAAAAACUAAAAAAGGUGAUAUUCUUGUGGCCAUUCAAGGCAAGUCAGAAAAUAAAAAGUCUGUGCUUUUAACUCUGCAUGACAUUGGUCAGAAUCACAUAGUUGCAUUUCAGUCGUUUUUCUGUUUUCAUCAACUAAAACCUCUGUUAGAUAACUUUAUUGUUUAUCAUUUAAAUUUUCCUGGCCAACAUGAGAAUGCUGAAGCUCUACCAGAGAAUUAUGUUUACCCAACCAUGGAUGAGAUGGCUGAUAUGGUGGAGGAGGUGCUACAAUAUUACAAUAUUAAAAAGAGUGUAUGUUUUGGAAUAGGUGCUGGAGCUAAUGUUUUUACUCGUCUUGCUUUAAAAAAAACCUUCAAUGUAGAUUGCCUAAUAGCCAUUAAUGGAGUUGUAAAUGCAUGCUCCUGGGUGGACUGGUCGUAUGAAAAACUUAUGAGUUACUAUUUGAAAACAAAAGGAAUGACUCAAUUUUCUGUUGAUUAUCUGCGAUAUCAUUUUUUUGGAAGAAAUGAGGAGAAUUACAAUAAUGAUCUUGUCAGUAUGAUGGUUGAUCAAUUGAAUCGAAUUAAAUAUCCUCGUAAUCUUGGUUUAUUUAUUGAAUCUCAUGCCAGACGUACACCAAUAAAUAUAAGCCGGCCAGUCAGUAAUCAGUCACCCAUGACCACUUUAAAAUGUGGUGUUUUAUUAAUAACAGGUGAUAAUUCACCAGCUGUUGAUGACACUGUAGAUAUGAACUCUAAACUAGAUCCCACAAAUUCUACUUGGAUGAAAAUUUCAAGUGCUUCUACCUUGGUUUUAGAGGAACAGCCCAAUACAGUAGUUAAUGCCCUUAUUUAUUUUUUACAAGGUUAUGGAUACGUUCUUAAACUACGUGCUCCUGCCCUCUCCGUGCCAGCAAUAGAUACUCCUGUUGAUGGACCUUCUGCUAUUUGUUGAUUACAUAAGCAUAAUUUUGAAAUACUAGUUCUGAUACUUUGAAACAGAGUCUUGAAAAGUAUUGUAAAAACUUUCAAUUUAUACAGUAUAAAUACACUAUAUGUUUUUUUGUAAA